AAACUAUCUUGCUCGACUCAAACCCAUUAAAACUGGAAAUGCACUCUUAAAUCCCCAAUCGCUGACCAAAUACUCUCUUUAAACAUCCCAAUUCUCUCUUCCAUUUUCUCCCAAAAAUGACUCCAUUAAUCCUUCUCCUUCUCUCUUUACUCCCUCUCCUCUAUCUCCUGACAAAACUCAGAACCACCCGUGAAAAGCUCCCUCCUGGCUCUCUAGGCAUCCCGUACAUCGGCGACAGCCUGGGCCUUCUACGGGCCAUGCGGGCCAACAGGGCGGAAGACUGGCUAGCCCAAAGAAUUCAAAAGUACGGGCCCAUUUCAAAGCUCACACUCUUCGGCGCUCCGACUGUGUUUGUAACCGGUCCAGCUGCUAAUAAAUUGGUAUUCUCCAACGAGGCUUUAGUGCCUCGGCAGCCCAAAUCGAUACCCAGGCUUAUUGGGAGGAGGAAUAUGUUGGAAUUGUCUGGGGAUGAUCAUAAGAGAGUUAGAGGUGCAGUUGGUGAGUUUUUGAGGCCUGAGUUGCUUAAAAAGUAUGUGGGGGGUAUUGAAGAGGAGAUUAAGCUCCACUUGGAGAAUGAUUGGAUUGAUCAGAAGAAAAUCAAGGUAUUGCCUUUGAUGAAGAGACUUGCUUUUGACAUCACUUGCUCUCUCUUGUUCGGUAUCAAACAUGGUCCCCUUCGAGAGGAGCUAGCAAAGGACUUUGCCAAAAUGAUUAAGGGGAUGUGGGCAGUUCCAGUGAACCUGCCCUACACAAAUUUCAAUAGGAGCCUCAAAGCAAGCAACACUGUUCGAAAGGUUCUUGCUAGAAUUGUACAAGAGAGAAAGGCUGCGGUAGGGCAAGGAAAGAGCUCGUCGAAAGAAGACCUCAUCACAUAUUUGAUUGGCAUGGAAUUAAGUGAUGAAGAGGUAGUAGACAAUGCAGUGCUCGUCAUGAUUGCUGGACACGAUACAUCCGCCCUCCUUCUUACGUUCAUUAUUCGCCAUCUCGCAAAUGAUCCUACAACUCGUGCUCGAGUGGUUCAAGUAAGUACAAGAUACUUUUGUUACACAUUCAUCAAUCUUUUGAUUUGGGACUUGGAGCAAGAAGAGGUAGCCAAUAGCAAGGCCCCAGGAGAGACUCUGACAUGGGAUGAUCUAUCAAGAAUGAAGUAUACAUGGCGUGUCGCAAUGGAGGUACUAAGAACCAUUCCACCUGUUUUUGGGAGCUUCAGGAAAACACUCAAAGAUGUCGAAUUCAAUGGAUAUAUCAUACCAAAAGGGUGGCAAGUGUUUUGGGCAGCAAGUAUUACGCAAAUGGAUCCGAAAUUUUUCCCUGAGCCAGAGAAGUUCGAUCCAAACCGUUUUGAGAAUGUGAAGUCUAUACCACCUUAUUGUUUUUUGGCCUUUGGAGGAGGAUCCAGAAUUUGUCCAGGGAAUGAUUUUGCAAGGAUUGAGACAAUGGUUAUGAUGCAUCAUUUGGUUACUAAAUUUGAAUGGAAAUUGUGUUGCGAGGUUGAUACUUUUAGCAGAGAUCCUAUGCCAUCACCUCGUGAGGGAUUGCCCAUCGAACUUUGGAGGAAAUAUAAAAAUUGUUCCAAAGAUAAAUCGAUGUGAUAUUGUCGUCAAUAUUACCCAUUAUAUCUGUCUCGGUUUGGAGAAAUAUGAGUAUGUUUAGAUAGCAGUAGUUGGAAAUCCAUGCUGUUCGAGUUAAGCACAGUCCAGGAUGUAAAGGCUCGUUUUCGAGCUUGGUUCAUCAAAAUGCUAUAUAUGGCGGUGAGUCUUGGAUCU